UACGUAUGCGGAAACAGCGGUGGCAGAACAGGAGCGAUUCAGAAAACGGACUCGAAGGCUGGACUGGACGCCGCUCCGUGUGUAGAGUAGCAUCUGUUUUACCGGCCAUAACACAAAGGGGGCUGGUGGAGGAUAGAGGGGGCCCGGGAAGUGGAGAACGUACAAUGAACGACGCGAAGAAAGAGGGGAAUAUGGCUGCAGACGGGAUUCGUGGGCCGGGUGAGCUGCAAAUGGCCCCCUCUAUGAACCACAACCAGCAUGACAACGGCACCGGCGAUGAGUUGGUGAGCUCGGUGACGCUGUACAGGCGAAGGCCCCGGCUACUACACGGCACCGUCCUCCCGUUUCUGGCUGUUCUCUACCCCGGCUGGCUGUACGUGUGGUUAGGGGUGUACGGAGCCUCGGAGUAUCCAGAGGCAGGCCUACUGGCGCUGGCUGCCAUCGGGAUUGCGCACGUCCUUACAGCGCUUUCUGGUUAUUGGUCCGUGCACGCGCACUGUUGGCUCACUUGCUCCAAGGAACCAGACCCACGCAAGGCCACGCUGGCAAAGGUCAUACCCACCCCGAACAAUGGCUCCGCUGAACUUGUGACACUUCAGAGGGACCAGGACGAGGAUGGUGAGGGGAUCCUGUCCUUCGAGUUUCAGAAGAUCCGCUACAUCUUUGACAGCAAAGAGAAGAAGUGUUUCCUUCCAGUGGCGUUUCCCAUCAGUAACCCGAUGGGCUAUUUUCAAUCCUGGCGCGGCUACCAGGAGGAGGCCGACCUCAGAGCCGCAGAGAAGCGCUACGGCACCAACCGCGCUGAGAUGGUGGUGCCAGAUUUCCUUGAGCUCUUUAAAGAGAGGGCCACUGCUCCCUUCUUUGUGUUCCAGGUGUUCUGCGUGGGGCUGUGGUGCCUGGAUGAAUACUGGUACUACAGUGUUUUCACACUCUUCAUGCUGGUGGCAUUUGAGGCCUCACUGGUCCAGCAGCAAAUGAGAAAUAUGUCUGAAAUCCGCCGCAUGGGGAACAAGCCCUACAUGAUCCAGGUAUAUCGUAACAGGAAGUGGAGACCUGUGUCAAGUGAUGAACUUGUCCCUGGUGACAUCAUCUCUGUAGGACGUUCACCCCAGGAGAACUUGGUACCGUGUGAUGUUCUGCUACUUCGGGGCCGUUGCAUCGUGGAUGAGGCCAUGUUGACUGGAGAGUCUGUGCCCCAGAUGAAGGAACCAAUCGAAGACCUGGACCCAGAGCGAAUCCUGGACCUGCAGACAGACUCCCGUCUCCAUGUCAUCUCUGGGGGGACCAAAGUGGUCCAGCACAGCCCUCCUCUAAAGGCCAGUGCUGGACUCAAACCUGUAGACAAUGGCUGCGUGGCCUACGUACUGAGAACAGGAUUCUACACCUCUCAGGGUAAACUGCUGCGGACCAUCCUCUUUGGUGUGAAGAGAGUGACGGCAAACAAUUUGGAGACCUUUAUCUUCAUCCUUUUCCUCCUCGUGUUUGCCAUCGCUGCAGCUGGCUAUGUGUGGGUAGAAGGGACCAAGGAUGUGAGCAGGAACCGCUACAAGCUGUUUCUGGAGUGCACCCUGAUCCUCACCUCAGUGGUUCCUCCAGAGCUUCCCAUAGAACUCUCUCUGGCCGUGAAUACCUCCCUCAUCGCUCUGGCCAAACUUUAUGUAUUCUGCACCGAGCCUUUCAGGAUACCAUUUGCAGGGAAAGUGGAGGUGUGCUGUUUUGACAAAACGGGAACCCUGACCAGUGACAGUCUGGUGGUACGAGGAGUAGCAGGCCUUAGAGAAGGGAAGGAGGUGAUGCCAGUGUCUGAGAUCCCAGUGGAGACCCAUCGGGUGGUCGCCACCUGCCACUCACUAGUCACUCUGGAUGAUGGACAGCUGGUUGGAGAUCCACUGGAGAAGGCCAUGCUGACUGCCGCUGACUGGAGCCUCACUAAAGAUGAGAAAGUAUUUCCACGUGGCAUCAAAACCCAGGGACUAAAGAUCCACCAGCGCUUCCACUUUGCCAGCGCUCUAAAGAGGAUGUCGGUCCUGGCCUCCUAUGAGAAACUGGGCUCCACUGAGCUCUGCUACAUCUCCACUGUCAAAGGAGCCCCAGAGACUCUAAGGGGAAUGUUUUCACAGUGUCCGGCGAGCUAUGAUGAGGUCCACAGGGAAAUGUCCCGGGAAGGAGCCAGAGUGCUCGCCUUGGGCUACAAAGAGAUAGGACACCUCAGCCAUCAGCAGGUCCGGGAGAUGAGUCGAGACGCUCUGGAGUGUGAUUUGCAUUUUGCUGGGUUCAUGGUUGUUUCCUGCCCCCUCAAGAGCGACAGCAAGGCCGUCAUCAGAGAGAUCCAAGAAGCAUCACAUCACGUGGUGAUGAUCACGGGUGACAACCCCCUAACGGCGUGCCAUGUAGCCAAAGAGCUGCACUUCAUCCAGAAAGAACACACACUUAUACUGCAGCCAGGCCCCAAACAGGGUGAGUGGCAGUGGGAGUCCAUAGAUGGCACUGUGUGUAUACCGCUUCCCCCUCCCUCAGUUUCCUCGUUUGUCCGUCAGUUUGACCUGUGUGUAACAGGGGAGGGGCUCACCAGACUGAGCUAUGACCCCCGACUACUCCACACACUCCUGCCUCACGUACGAGUGUUUGCCCGGGUUAGCCCAAAACAGAAGGAGUUUGUGAUCACGAGUUUAAAGGGGCUGGGUUAUGUGACUUUGAUGUGUGGUGACGGUACAAACGAUGUCGGAGCGCUCAAACACGCCCACAUAGGUGUCGCUCUGCUGGCCAACGCCCCUGAGCGCAUGCCCGAGAAAAAGAAAAGGGGGCGAGAGAAGGAGACGUCGACAGCAGAGUCCAGACCUUUACCACCUGUCACAAGUUCAGGAAGCAAACUGAGCUCCAGGGCAGCGAGGCAGAGGGUGAUGGCCCAGAGGGAAGAGCAGCUUGCAGCACAGAAGGAGAGGAUCAGUCAAGUUUUACGGGAGCUUGAAGAGGAUCAGAUACAAGUAGUGAAACUGGGAGAUGCCUCCAUUGCGGCUCCAUUCACCUCAAAACUCUCCUCCAUACAAUGCAUCUGCCAUGUAAUAAAACAGGGCCGCUGCACACUGGUGACAACACUCCAGAUGUUUAAGAUCCUCGCUCUGAACGCCCUGGUGCUGGCCUACAGCCAGUCUGUGCUCUACCUCGAGGGAGUCAAGUUCAGUGAUUUCCAGGCUACCCUGCAGGGCCUCCUGCUGGCUGGCUGCUUCCUCUUCAUCUCUAGGUCAAAGCCACUAAAAACCUUGUCUCGGGAGCGGCCAUUGCCAAACAUCUUCAAUCUUUACACGGUCUUGACUGUGCUGCUGCAGUUUGCGGUUCACUUCUGCAGUCUGGUAUACCUUUACAAAGGGGCGCAGAGCAGAAGUCCUCCCAGAGUGGAGCAAUUUGUCGAUCUGUAUAAAGAGUUUGAACCCAGUCUCAUCAACAGCACUGUGUACAUAAUGUCCAUGGCCAUGCAGAUGGCCACCUUCGCCAUUAACUACAAGGGUCACCCGUUCAUGGAGUCUCUCAGUGAGAAUCGUCCACUGCUAUGGAGCAUUGCCCUGUCAGGCUUAGCCAUUGUGGGACUUCUAACUGGUUCCUCACCAGAAUUCAACGAGCAGUUUGCCCUUGUAGAUAUCCCGACCGAGUUCAAACUGAUCAUCGCCCAGGUUCUCGUGGUGGACUUUGUCGCCGCUCUGCUGGUGGACCGUGUCUUGCAGUUCCUGCUGGGCAAAGGAACUCUCAGGCUGCCUUCUUGAUCUCAUGCCAACAGCAACCGCUGCCCUUAGCAACCAAACUGUAAAGGGAGAGAAAACUUUCGAGGAGGAGAUAUAAAGCUGUUGUGACACGCACAAGACAGCUGAGACAGUCAUGGCGCGCAGUACUGCACAUUCCCAUGUGUACCCCCCCUUAUUCAUCCCUCUGCUCUGCCCCUCACUCACCAGCUCUGUUAGCAUUUCUUCGUCAGCUUUCUUUCCAUUUAUUUUUUUAUGAUUCAUUUUUUUUUUUUGGUGGUUUUCUUUUACCCUGUCUAGCCUGCUUUAUCUCCUCCUCCCCCUCUUUCAGAAGGCCAAGAAGACAGCAGUAUUGUGUGGAGAGCCGAGACUGUGUGCCAGCCAAUGUGAAACAGGACACACAACAGGGGCAUUCUCCGAGAGAAUUGCAAAGUAUAUGGAUUUUUUUGAUUUCUCUCCUUGAUUUUGUAAAAAGUGAAAAAUCUCUUACAGACUUAUAAAAAGACUUACAGAUACAAAUUAUGGAGUUUGUCCAGUGUUUUUUCAUGUGCACAGAUGAAAAAAAAAAGUGUCUGUAAAUGGAAAGCAUAUGAGGCUGUGCGAGUAUGUCUAGCAAAUGGAGACGAACAGUUACAGUCCAUGAAAUGGGUUUGUGAGGAAAUGGCUAAUUGAUGAGGACACAUGAGUACACUGUGACAGUACAAAGGGAAAGGAGUUUAUUUAACUCCUGAUAUCCAUCUCAUAUGGAUCACGGGACAAAUGUAACUGGCCAAGAAUAAAUGUGCCAUCUGGUAGCUUUUGAA